AUGUGGAUUGCUGAAAACCCAUCUGGAGUGUGGGUCAAUCAGCAAGCCGACCUUCCAUUCUAUUGGUCUGGAAGUGUUUGGCCUCCUGUGACAGAGUUUCUGCUCGCGUUUGACACACAGUUUACGGGUUCGAAUCCCGGUGAGAGUAAGGCUGCAGUUUACCCGAAAGAAGAAGAAGACACUUGUGGUCUGUAUGGCAAAAUGACAUCGAAGCGCUUAGGUGUGGGGUGCAUUCGGUGCUUAGACAUCUAUUUUGAAAAAGAUUCAGAGUCUGGCUUCAAUUCCCGACAUGUGGGCUGGACAUUGAAUGGGCUAGUUUCGUCGCCUCACGCCGCCGAUUCGCGCAUCUUCAUACUACCCUUGAGCCCACACACGACACAUGAGCGGAUCAGUAGACAUCAGACGGGCUCAUGUGGGGCAGAAGGAAGGCGACAAGUUCACAGUUCAGGCACAAAUCGAGCCCGAUGCGGUCGCCAGAAUCUCAUGACGGCCGACGCCGAAUGUGGUGAGCAUUCUGCACAUUUGGAAAGUGUAGAUGCUACGACAAGUAGACGCGGAGGCCGCUUCCAACGACGACUUGGAGGCCAAAUGGAGAUGAGCCUUUAG